AUGGCACAACCCGACCUCACGUCGCAUCAUGUCAACUACUUAAUAUGGAGGUACCUCCAAGAAGCAGGUCAUGGCGAUGCCGCCGUGUCUUUGCAGCGCGCGUGGUUCCCUGAUCCGCAGACGCUCCCGUUUGCGCCAUACAUUAAAACUCACGCGCUAGUGUCGCUGGUCCAAAAGGGCUUGCAAUACCACGAAAUGGAAUCCUCGCUAGACAAGGAGGGCAAUCACAAAAGCAUUUCACCGUCUGAUUAUUUUUUUGGACCAGAGCCCUUUGAAAUUGGAACCAAAACUAAAUCAGUGGAAAAUCGCGAUGAGGCUGUCGGCACAGACCCAGAUUCGGCGGGCCAGCUUGCGCGCGACCGCCCGGUAAACGGCCAUCCUGAGCCCGGAAAGGACAGCCGAAAAGAUGACACUGAUAGCGAUGACUCCAUGGGGGAUAGAGCGCAAACUGAAAGUCAGCCAAAUACUCCCGAAAAUGUGGAUGAGGAUGGUGAUGUCAGCAUGGCCGAGGAGAUCCCUGAACUGCCGCCCACCCUGGAAAACGGCGAGAGCUCAUCCGUCCAGAUUGCCCCCGCCAAGCCCAUCGACUUGACCCCCGACACCGCCCUGCUGAAUACGGAACAUCACGUGACGCACGCUGCAUGGCGCCCGCAGGAUCCCACUGUUGUUGCGGGAGCUGGUGACCUCUUUUGCAGUUUGUGGAAGCUAUCAAUGCCGUUGGAACCCGUGGAGAAGAAAAUAAUCGAGCUCAAGAAGGGUGACACCAGUGUCUCAACCGUAGCCUGGGAUGCCAUUGGUGAGAAAUUGGCUGUCGCAACUUGUACUGAUGACAGAGGAACUAUCACCAUGUACAACGUCAAUGGAGACGCGAUGGACUUAUUACCCGAAGUACCUCGGCUCAUCACUGGCUUGCACUGGGCAGCUGGUAGCUCACAACUGGUCGUUGUAGCCUCGAAUCAUAACAUAUCGGAACUCGCGCUUUGGGACGACAGCCGGCGUCCAGAUGUUUUCCCUCCAUCUCAAAUAAUCGAGAAUCAUAUUUAUGAUCUCGCGUGGUGUGGACGCAACCUGGCAUUUGCUUCUGGCGAGGGUGCAGUCUAUCAAUGCGAAGUGGAUAGCAGCAUCCGUUUGAUCAAGACGUAUCCUUCUCCCAAAGACAAUGCAACCUGGGAGUUUAUUCGAUGUGUCCAAACCGAGUCGCAUUCGGUUGCUAUCGUGGCUUCUGGACUAAGUGCUUCAAUUUGGAUUCCUACUCAUGACAUUCUUAUACCCAAUGCCCACAAGGACAGAAUCACCGGUAUUGAUAUCAGUCCUCAAUUUGACUCCCAUCGUAUUGAAUUUGCCUCUUUCUCGGCAGAUGGUAAGGUCAAGGUUUGGCAGGUCAGCCUCGAUAGUAAGAAUUACACCAACAUUCAUCAGCUGAGCCUCGACUCAAAUCCCGCUAUCACCGGAUCAUUCUCCCCCGAUGGAUACGCUUUCGGUGCGGCUAGCAAGGACGGACUCUUUAUCUGGAACAUUGAACACCCUAACGGUCAUCUCGUGUCUACCUGGACCACAACCAGCCCCGAGGUGAAGAAAGAGGAAGCCGAUCGAAUGACCAAUGGACAGAAUGGACAGAAUGGACACUAUGGACAGAAUGGUUACUCAAAAUCCGAACACCAUCGGGCCCUUUCCUGGGAUGCAGAUGGAAAACGACUUGCCUACGGCUUUAACAAACAGGUAUGCUCGCCGGUCUGGUUUACCCAUGUCGAUUUCCCCCAUGCUGACAGUCUACUCUCCCAAGAUGGCAAUUAUCAACUUGCAAAGAUGACAGAGUGGGUUCAAACAGCCACAUAA